GCCCGCCCCGCCGCCAGUGCCCAGCCCGGCCCGGCGGUAAGAUGGCGGCGGCGGCCGAGUGCGAUGUGAUCAUGGCGGCGCCCGAGGCACCCGGCGAGCCCGAGAGCGAGGAGGAGACGCGGAGAGAAGCAGAAUCAUUCAAGGAACAAGGAAACGCAUACUAUGCCAAGAAAGAUUACAAUGAAGCGUACAACUAUUAUACAAAAGCCAUAGAUACCUGUCCUAAUAAUGCCAGUUAUUAUGGUAACAGAGCUGCCACACUCAUGAUGUUGGGGAGAUUCCGAGAAGCACUGGGAGAUGCUCAGCAGUCUGUCAGACUGGAUGAUAGCUUUGUAAGGGGCCAUCUACGGGAAGGGAAGUGCCAUCUUUCCCUAGGGAAUGCCAUGGCUGCCAGCCGCUGCUUUCAACGAGUUUUAGAACUGGAUCAUAAAAAUACCCAGGCACAGCAAGAGCUGAAGAAUGCCAGUACUGUGCUUGAGUAUGAAAAAAUAGCUGAAGUGGAUUUUGAGAAGCGGGAUUUCAGGAAGGUUGUAUUUUGCAUGGAUCGUGCUUUGGAGUUUGCUCCUGCUUGUCACCGAUUCAAAAUCCUCAAGGCUGAAUGUUUAGCAUUAUUGGGUCGCUACCCAGAAGCACAGUCUGUAGCAAGUGACAUCUUGCGAAUGGACUCAACAAAUGCAGAUGCUCUGUAUGUCCGUGGUCUCUGCCUUUACUAUGAGGACUGUAUUGAGAAGGCGGUGCAGUUCUUUGUCCAAGCACUCAGAAUGGCUCCUGAUCAUGAGAAAGCUUGUCUUGCCUGCCGUAAUGCCAAAGCACUUAAAGCAAAGAAAGAAGAUGGGAAUAAAGCGUUCAAAGAAGGAAACUACAAAUUAGCAUAUGAACUAUACACAGAGGCACUAGGAAUAGAUCCAAAUAACAUAAAAACAAAUGCCAAACUCUACUGCAACCGGGGGACAGUUAAUUCAAAGCUUAGGAAACUUGAAGAAGCAAUAGAUGACUGCACGAAUGCAGUAAAACUGGAUGACACGUAUAUCAAAGCUUACUUGAGGAGAGCACAGUGUUACAUGGACACAGAACAGUAUGAAGAUGCUGUAAGAGACUAUGAAAAGGUUUAUCAGACAGAAAAAACGAAAGAACACAAGCAGCUUCUAAAGAACGCACAGGUGGAACUGAAAAAGAGCAAACGGAAAGACUACUAUAAAAUCCUUGGGGUUGACAAAAAUGCCUCUGAAGAUGAGAUCAAGAAGGCUUACAGGAAAAGAGCGCUGAUGCAUCAUCCAGACCGACACAGCGGGGCGAGUGCAGAAGUACAGAAGGAAGAGGAGAAGAAGUUUAAGGAGGUUGGUGAAGCCUUUACCAUCCUGUCAGAUCCCAAGAAGAAGGCCCGCUACGACAGCGGGCAGGAUCUGGAGGAGGACGGAUUGAACAUGGGAGAGUUUGAUGCAAAUAAUAUCUUCAAGGCCUUCUUUGGUGGGCCAGGUGGCUUCAGUUUUGAAGCUUCUGGGCCUGGAAAUUUCUUUUUCCAGUUUGGCUAAAAACAAAACAAAACAAACAAACAAACAAAAAAAACCAACAACAAAACAAAACCACAAAACAACCACACAUACCUGAUCUGCUUAUUUUAACCUUGAAUACGGACAUUCUUAGACACCUUCCUUCAUCAUGUCUCAUUGUACUUAGAGCAGUUUCAGUUUUCUCGGUUGGAGACCUCUGUUUUGUGUGCUUUUGUGUGUGAAGAGGAAACCAGCUCGGGGAGGGAAAGGCUUGUGAAUUUUGUUUUACUGUUAACUUUAUUAAAAAAAAAAAAAAAAAAAUAAAGCUUUGAAUCUUUUGGUCCCUCCAUGCUGGCCCGUACUUUCAGACUGUUCCUGCUCCUCAGCAGAAAGGAUUUCCCUGAUGUCCUCCCAGAAUCGCAACUCAUAAGAGGGUGAAGUAAUCUCCUGUUCUGUUUUGGUUGGCUCCAAAGUGCAGUAUGGCAGCAUGUCUGGGGUUUGUAGUAACUUGUAAGUUAUCCUAAUCUUCUGAAAAUAUUGCCAAGAUUCAAUCGAGUUUCAUACAAUUGUAUUUUUACCUGCCAGCUGUCUUUUUUUUUUUCUCUUUUUUUUUCCUUUUUUUCUUUUGCCGUGCCGGUGCACUUGGGCAUUAAUUUGACUGAUAACAUGUGAGCUUAACAAUUUUGUAUCGGAGAAAUGCUUCUUUGGAUUUGAAAGAGCAGCUUCUGUGAGAAUUCCCUGUGAUGCAGCUAGAAUUAAGGGCUUUGUGUUUCCGCUCCCAAGAAUUGUCCUGUUUAGGGGAAUACUGAAUUUGCUCUGGGCUGAAUUCCUUCACCGUGCUUUUUUUAAUUAAUCCACUUGAGCAUUUAAUAUUUGUGCUAAAACUUGAUUUUGUUGAGCUUGACGUUUGAUUUCGUGUUACUGAUCCACAACGUGGAUGAGCUCUUUCUCGCUCUGAAGAAAUGCAGCGUAAAAUUCAGGUUAAUAAUUGAAAACGGUUACUGUGCGUGCGCAGCAGUGUGCUCUCAUAAUGUUUACAGGGACUGUACAAAUACGUUAAACUAGUCGUUUCCAGCCGGAAGUGAUUUCCUAGUCCAAAGAAGCAAGAAAAUGCAAAGUCAAGCUCCGAACUGACGGCCUGUCACUUGCUUCUCUCGCACGGUGUCGGGCCGGGCGCCGGAGGGGUGAGCGGAGAGCCGGGAGCUGCGCGGCGCCGCGGGCUGGGCCGGGCGGCACCGCCGCUCAGCGCGACCCGGCCGCUUCGUUCCUGAGCCCAGGGUGGUGCUGCAGCCAGAGCCGAGCUGGGAGAGGGGCCCCGCUUCCCUGCGCUCGGGAGAGCGAAGCUCCGUCCCGCCGGGGCCAGGGGCCGCGCUCUCUGCAGAGCGGUUCCGGGGCGCGCGGGCUGGCCGGGCUGCCGGCGCCCUUGCGCGGAAGCGGGGAGGCGCGUUGGCUUUCAGGGGGCGCCGGGGGGCCCUCGGCGCCGCCAGGGCAGGCUCCGGGCACCGGCACCGUGGGGACACCCGGGGGGCCCAGCUGGGCCCGGCCGAGCGAACGGCCGCUCGCACAGACGCGCGCAAGGCUCGGCCUAGAGGAGCCUGGCACUAACUCUUCUAUAAUACCCGAUUUAACUUCUCACCGCAGGAACAAGAGUGCAGUGAGCUCACUGCACGGAACGAUUGCUGCGAAUGCUGACAUCUUUGUCUUCCUUCCUCCCGGGGGCCGUGCUCGUCCUGCUCGGUGGGACAGAGUCGCGAGGCUGCGGCGCAGGUGAACUUCGUUUCCGCCAGUGGCACUAGUGUCGUGGUGCUGCCGGGGGCGCAGGCCUGGGGCUGCGCGCUGUCGGAUGUUUUGACAAUCUGCUUUCACAGAGGGGAGACUUAAGGGCUUAAACUCUAGUACUGCAGAACAAAGUAUUUUAUAACUUGUUCAAAAGUCAGCUUUUAAAACGAGCAAUGUUGAGUAAUAUUUCCAAAACCGGACUCUAGGACGUUUAUUGUAACCUCCUUCACAGCAGUGUGAUGUGAUGGACUUGCCCGGAUUGCACUGAGGGCAAAACAAGGUCCAGACUCUGGAACGUGAUUAUCUGGGGAGUUGCAAUACUGGGCUAUGCAUAUUGAUACUUCUCCAGUUCUCAUGGCACUUGUAAAUCAGAGUUUACAGGACUUGUUUUAGUGCGGCAUUCUGGAUUCAUAACGUUUUGUCCCGAGUGUAUCGAUAUUACUGUACAGCUUGGACUUUUCUCAGUCUCUUAUCACCAUGCAGAGGCGUGUCCCGCAUCUGUCCGUGGUUUUUAGUGUUUCCCCCUCCGCCAGUGAAGUACGACAGGCUUCCUUCUGCCCAAACGUGGAACGAGGCCAUUCCUUGGAGGGCAGAAGGGGAAUGGCUUUUCUUCUGAGAGGGAAAAUGUGUACAGCGGAUACUUAUAGACCUGUACGUGGAUGCAUGAUUUGAUGUAGUUCAAUGUUAAUAUGGUGAGUGCCAAGACUUUUCUAAGGAGCGUGUCGCGUGGCUCGAGGCGAGGGCGAGCAGACGCGGCUCGGGUCGCCUCGGGGCAGCAGCGCCUGGAGUGGGAGGCGCCGUGUCCUCGCACGGCGUGGGGGCACGGGGCGCUCUCCCUUUCGGAGAAACCUGCUGAGGUGUGCGUGGCUUGGAACGUUGCCUUUCACACGUGGUAGUUACGGAGCGUUGUGCCUGGGUCGGGUUUUGGUCGCAGCCCCAGGGACGCUUGGUGCCGUUUUUCUAGCUGCUGCCACUCCGCAGACCCCCCUGGCUUCCUCCGGCUCGCUGGGAGCCGCCAGGCGUAGGCGCUGGCCACGGGGAUGGUGAAUAAGUGUCUUGGGGUGGUGUUACAGCCGUGCCUUCCCUGGGAGGGGAGCGCUGCCGGGGGCGGCAGGAGGCGGGGGUACCCUCGGAGCACAAGCGCGGUGAGGAUCGGGCGCUCGUCCCUUCGGUGUCACCGUCGGGCACCACGCGAACCCGGCGUGUGGAAGAAGCCAGCAGCAAAGCCCUUCCCUCUGCUGAGAAGAGGUAUCCUUCUGGAAGUCCCUCUUUGCAGUCCCCGAAAGGUCUAUUUGUGGCGUAUCAGCAAGAGCCUUGAUGAUUAACCCUGGCAGGCGCCCGAGCGUGCCCCGGCCCGUUUGCCGCAGGGUGCGCGGGUGCCCCGGGGCCGGAGGUACCCGGGGCGGCCGAGCUGAGGAGGCUGAGCGGAGGGGAGGAGUUUUUUAGCCGAUGUGCUGGAAGGAAUUGCUGCCGAAGGGCUCGGGGACCGGCGGGGCGGCUGUCGGCUUCCCCCCGGGAAGGCUGAGAGCUGCGGGGAGGAGCGAGGCGCAGGGCGGGCGUGUGGAGUGGGGCCGGGCUGUCGGGACUCUGGCGUUUGCAAGGAAACAGAGAUUUGUUUGACUCCCCCUGAUGUGUUUUUGCGUAAUGAUGCUCGUGUCUGAGCUGCCGUAGGGAUCGUUUCAAACGGUGGAACGCGGUUGCAUUCAAGUGAAAAUGGAAGCAAUUUCGUGCUUUAAAACUGAGAACACGCAUCAGUGACGUUAGUGUGUGGGAGCUGCUUGCAUGUGCAGUGCUCCGACCUCUAGGCCACAAAGUGUGGUGUGGGGUUUUUUUUUUUUCUUGCGUGGAUUUACUUUGCAAAUCUGAUGCUGUGUCAGCUCCACCUUUUGCGGGAAGGACUGAGAGUCCUUCCCAGGUACACUGAGCCUGGACUUGAAAUCAGCUGUAAAGGCCACUGAGAUGUUUCUGGCUGCCCACUUUGACGGGCUCUUCAUUGUUCUGGCUACACGUACUGCCCAGGAGAGCACAGGGUUUUCUUUGUGAACUUGGAAGUGUUGCUGUAAAGCUGGAUCCUUAGCGCUAAAGGCUUCUGACUGUUUUGUAAAUAUGUUAAUGCAUAUUGAUAAAAAGGAGGAAGAAAAAAGAAUUGUUUAGGGACAACCGUAUUAUUAUCCGUGGAAUCUUGCAGGUCCCUCAGCUUUCUGUAUCUGCCGGGGACACGGAGGGGAAGGUGCUGACACGGGAACUGGCUCAGCCCCUGGGCCCCCGCCGGCCGCGCUGCCCCGGCCGCCUCAACCAGUGGAAGGACCAAAGCGUUUGGACCACACGGUGGUCGGCUCUUCUUUCGAAAUUACUUCCUCAGUUUCUGUACUAACUAAACAUAGUCGCUUGCCUUCAAGUGGCUGGUUUGCGUCCCGUUUAGAUUCGUGCCUUGUGCCUUGCCCUCGCUUAGGGAGGAGGGGCAGCUCCUGGGUCCCCGGGCGGCGCCGAGCCCCGGCCCGGCUCUUGCGGGAGCGCUGCCCUCCCCUCACCCCCCGUCUGCGGGGGCCGCCCUGCUGUGCCCUGGAGCUGCCCCCGAUGUCCCCCUCACGGGCCGGCGGGACCUCGUGCGUGGCCCUGGAAGGUGAUGCGCGGUGCUUCGGCCGUCCUGGGCGCCCCCCGCCUUCCCCCCGGCCUGCCGGGGCAGGGACGGGCUCGUCCCCGCUCCGGGCAGCGAGAGGCCGGCGCUGGCUCUGGCUCUGGUGUAGAGCCGGAGGGAGGCUCGGCCGCGGGAGGGGCCGGGCCCCCCCUCUGCCCCCCGCUUGCACUUCGUAGCUCAGGCUGAAAGGGGAGAGGCGCGGGAGGCGACGGUGGAGGGGUGGAGCGCGAAACGGCAAACCCGGCACCUUCAUUGCAUGCACAUCAGCUUUGUUGUGACGACGUUGAGGAGUAGACGAGACAAAACCAGGCGCUGAUGUGAAGCCAACUUGGAGAGGACGCUGGACCCCGUGCUGCAGUAUUUAUCUGAAUCAAAAUUCUGAAUGUUUACCUCAGUGUAAAUACCUUAACCUUUCCCGGCGGAGGAAAGGAGUAGUGCAUGGAGCAAUCGCUAUCCCCAUCGCUUUGCCAAACGCGUCAUCCUCUCCAAGACGGGCUUCGCACCGGUGUGAACACUGUCCCUCUUUGGACCCUUACCUUUCUAGGAUGUGAAUGGUAAAAAUGUGAAUAUUUGUUGUUUACUUCAUUAGGCAUAACUCAUAAUGAUGUGUUUAUAUGAAGAAUAUCACAGACUGAAGCAAAACCAUAUGCAAUUGGUUUACUUUAUUAUAAACUGUAUAUGAUGUACAAACUAAUAAAAACUUAAAUGAC